AUGCACAGACAAACAGCAGCAAGCCCAAGGCUGCAGCCUGGAUCAUCUGCUGCAGCAGGUGCUGCUGCUGCUGCUGCUGCAACUGCUGCUGCUGCCGCUGCUGCUGCUGCUGCAGGAGCUGCAGGUGAUGCUGCUGCUCCAGAAAAUGCUGCUGCUGCUGCUGCACACGAUAGUGCUGCUGCUGCACAGGCUGAUGCUGAGGCCUCGCAGCAGCAGCAGCAGCAGCAGCAGCAGCAGCAGCAGCAGCAGCAAGAUACAGCGCAGGCGGAGGAAACCCCAGAAGAGGACGCAGCGGCCUCACAAGCAGCAGGCAACCAGCAGCAGCAGCAGCAAGAACAUCACCAGCAGCAGCAGCAGCAGCAGUUGCUGCGGCAGCAGAUACAAGAGCUGCAGCAGCGCGGUGUCGGGAGGGGCCCCCCUGCCAGCCCCCGCAGCAACCCAGCGUCACCAUCAUCAUCAUCAGCAGCAGCAGCAGCAGCAGAAGCAGCAGCAGCAGCAGCAGAAAACCCAAAUCAGUAG